UUUUGAUGUAAACGUAACCAAUGCAAACUACGGCAGGGAGUCCGUUCCACGGGGAAUCGUUAAUUGAUGAAUUCAUAUACUGUAUACUAGUAACACCACACUGAAGACUGUUGAAGAGCGUCAUCAAAAAGAGCAUGUCAAAGGUGCAACUAAGUUGGGACUAGAUGUAGGCCACACUCUGGGACAAGUUGCAUUUGCUAAAGAUUAUUUAAUUUCUAUAAGUACCUUAAGCUUACUACUUGGGACGCACAUUGAAGGCUGUCCAGAUGGAGCGCAUGCCAGUUGGAGUAGAAAUCACUAAGGUUCCGGUCCAGAAAAGAAGGAACAUUAUGUUCAAGACAAAAGUGCUUGUUCUGGGGCCAUGUGAAAGUGGUAAAACGGUGUUGUCUAACUUCCUGUCAGAUGCUACGGAUACAUCAGGCGGGGAGUACCACCCUACAGUUGGAGUAAGGAUUCUUGAGUUUGAAUCUAACAAUUUGAAUGUUGCUGGGAAGAACUCAAGCGCAGAAGUUGAGCUGUGGGAUGUCAGCGGAGACAAGAAGUAUGAAGGCUGUUGGCCUGCAAUAGCAAGAGACACAAGUGGAAUCAUCUUUGUGUACAAUGCUGAUGUUGCUUCUCAUGAACGGGAACUAGAAUCUUGGCACUCUGCAUUUGUCCAGAACCAGGGCAUCAAGGAAAAUCAGUGCAUUGUUGUGGCUCACCAUAAACCAAACUCAACUGAUAAAAACAGAGUAGCUCUACCCAGUCAGUUUCUAAAGAUGCCGAAUAUCCAUAGCAACAUAGAAGAUGAACCAGACAAUCUCCGAGAAGAGUUCAAAAAGUUCAUGGCUAAUCUACUGACUUUGGUCUCUGCUAAGCGGGAACAGGAUGAGCUUAACAUCAUGAAUAAUAGAUAGAUGGAGCCUGUGUUUUUAUAUUUAUGACAUCACAAAAUGGAGCUGGCGCAUCAUGAACUUACAUGUAUAUAUUAAACAUGCAUUUGUGAUCUGACUUCUAGAGAUAAAUCUCAUUAAAUGUACAGUAAAACCUGUAGAGUGGA